UGCUUCCUCAAGCUUCAAGACAGUAUUUUUUUUGAUCUUUGUGAUAACAAUCUCCGCCAUGGGAACGAAGUUUUUAGCUCUGGGUCUGUCCCUGUGUCUUGUUUUCUCAAGCUUUUAUGAUGUUUCUUGCCAGGAUGAAGGAACUACAGGUUUGAGUUUAGAUCUAUUUGAGCGUGAGUAUCAAGCCAAUGUAAAUUCUCUCCAAGGCAACGAAGGAGAAGAUCAGAGACAGAGUGAAAACCAGACCAGUGGUCAGAAAAACAGUACUGUGACGGAUAACAACACCAUUUCUCUGUCUCUAUCGGAAGAUUCCGUGAAAACUCUUAAAGAUUCUGCUGAUACCUCGUCUCAGUUAGGAGCUGUUACUGAUGAAGCGGGUAAAGGUUCGAGUAUGUUGGACCAUAUUGAACUUGAGUUCCAAGCACAUAUCAAUGAGCUUCAAAAAGCUGGUUCUGAUGGAAUCAACAAUGUUGAUGAACUUCAAAAAGCUGGAUCUGAUGGUAUCAACAAUGUUGAUGUAUCUAAGGAUGAUGAAGAACAAGCUAGGAGACAGAAAAUGCUGGAAGAAAUUGAACGCGACUUUGAAGCUGCUGCAGCUGGAUUUGAACAACUCAGGACUAAUGAUUCCUCCCAAGGAAAAGAUGAUGAACAGUCUGCAAUGAGACAAAGCAUGCUGGACGAGAUUGAACGAGAUUUCGAAGCUGCUACAAAAGGUCUUGAACAACUAAAGGCUGAUGAUUUAACUGGAAUCAAUGAUGAAGAACACGCUGCACGGAGACAGAAGAUGUUGGAAGAGAUCGAAAGAGAGUUCGAAGGUAUCUUAAAACAAGCUACAAAAGGUCUUGAAGAACUAAGGCAUUCCACCUCAAGCACAGAUGAUGAAUCAAACUCUGCAAAGAGAAACAGUAUGCUAGAUGAAAUCGAACGCGAGUUUGAAGCUGCUACGAGUGGUCUUAAACAGCUAAAGAUUAAUGCUUUCACUGUCGAAGAUGAUGAUAAAGAACAAGAUUCCAGGAGACAAAGUAUGCUAGAUGCAAUCGAGCGCGAGUUUGAAGCCGUUACCGAAAGUUUUAAACAACUUGAUGAUCUCGCCGAGAGCAAAGAUGAUGGAGACCAAUCUGCAAAAAGACAAAGUAUGUUGGAUGAGAUUGAACGUGAAUUUGAAGCUGCUACAAGUAGUCUUAAGCAACUAAAGCUUGAAGAUUCCAGUGAAGGAACUGACAGUGCAGAAUAUGCAAAGAGAAAUAGCAUGCUUGAAGCUAUCGAACGCGAGUUUGAAGCUGCUACAAAAGAUUUUGAAAAGCUAAAGGCUAGUGAUUCAACCGAAGGCAAGGAUGAUGAUGACCACGCUGCAAGGAGAAAAAGUAUGCUUGAAGCUAUUGAACGCGAGUUUGAAGCCUCGACAAGAGGCCUUGCAGAGAUAAAGAAUGAUGAAGAACAAGCUGAAAAUAAGAGAAACCAUAUGUUGGAAGCAAUCGAACGUGAAUAUGAAGAAGCUGCAAGUGCCAAGGCUGAUGAAAAAGAGACAGCUUCAAAGGACCCACAAACCAUAAGUACAGUGGAGGAAACUUCUGGCGGAUACAAUGCUGCUGGUUUAGACAGUCUUCUAAAGCAAGCAGAUGGUGUCUGUAACAUAGCGGAGAUACUCGAUGAAGAAUCCAAAUUCCAGGGCUCAGAGACCCCUAGCCUCACCACAUCACUGAACAAUCUUGUUCAGACCCAUAGAAAAGAAACGUCCUCAAAGGCAGCGUUUGGCUCAUCUCCAUCAGUUACUUCCACCACAAGCGAAUCAUCCGCUACAUCAGAGAGCAUAGAGAGCUUAAAGCUAACGUUACAGAAGCUACGUGGUCUAAGCGCACGUGAUCUCGUAAACCACCCGAAUUUCGACGAGAUUAUAGAAGCCGGUACACGUUACGAGGUACUCAGCUCAGCUUCCAUUGGUUACAUCUCAUUGCUCGGCAAAUACAAAACCGUCAUUAAAGAAGGACUCGAGGCUUCUCAGAGAGUCCACAUUGCUCAAACCAGGGCCAAACUGCUAAAAGAAACCGCGAUGGAGAAGCAGAGAGCCGUGGACGCUGAGUUCGCAUUCGCUAAGACUCUGGCUCAGGGAGGAGACGCCUUGUCUAUCAAAAUCUUGGCCAUCAAGAAACUGUUGCUGAAGCUUGAAGCAGAGAAAAAGAAUGUUGACCUAAAGUUUAAGUCAACGGAGACGAAUCUAGCAAGACUUCUUAAGGAGGCUUCUCAAGCUUAUGAAGAGUUUCAUGCGGCUGUGCGUAAGGCAAAGGACGAGCAAGCAGCUGAGGAAUUCGCGCUUGAGACGACUAAGAGAGCAGAAUAUAUUUGGGUUGAGUUUCUUAGUUCACUUAAUUGAACUAACGAGAUUCUUGAUUGUGCUUAAAGCACAUCUUCAGUUAGUCGUUGUUCUUGUCUUGUAUUUUCUGGUGUUGUUUUGUUUGAGACUUUGUUUGUUGGUUAUAUCAGGAGAGAGAGGUUGAAUACUCUGAGAGAGAUUGAAAAGAGUGACUGGGUGAGAGAUGUUUUAGUCCUCUAAUAAAACUUUUUUUUGGU